AUGUUGACUUGGACAAAGGAAGAAGAUGUUCGCGGCGCCCUUAUCGAAAUCGACCUUCGUCAAAUGUUUGGGAGAGAAAGAGAAAUCAAAGAAUGUGGUCGACUGGCAGGCAACAAGGAAGUCGAAUUCGAUCGCCAUGCUGACCUUUUGUGUCUCACGCGCCCGAUCUGGAUGCCCGAGAAGCGAGUAUAUCUCCUGAACUCCAGCGAAACAUUGAGAGUCGAGCAAUCACAUUCAUUGCUACCAAUAGCUAUCGGGUCAAAACUCUUCGUCUUGCCAGAAUAUUUUAUUCACAAUGCACCUCCCUCGGGAGAAAUCCGAUCCCGGCUGAACAACGUCUUCAACCACGAAAUAUCCGAAGAAAGGAAGACUGAGAUAUUUGGCCUAGCGGUGAAUAUACCCGAAAGCUUCCGCAGAGCCCUUCGAGUGAAUGCGAGAGAAGAUGACUUAGUAGAGCCGAUAAUUCAGGCUCUCGAAAGAAUGAAUAAGGACAAUGUCUUGGCGGUUCGGAGAAAGGCUGACUUCGUCGCGACUCUAAAGCCUGAUUUUCAGCCAAAUGCACCAGGUCUGGGACUUCGACGCCAUGCCAAUGGUGAGGCAGAUGGUGCCGUCGAUCAGCCUGGCAAGCGACAAAAGGCAAGCGACGGGCUUCCUCUCCCCCAAGUCAAAUCAUCUUCUUUGGCUUUAGCUACAACUCCAUCCAAGGGCAAACCACCCUGCACUCUCAAGACUUCUCGUCCUGAUAUGACGAUCGGUCUUGACGACUCGACGAUACAUAACUCAUUGUGGAAGCGGAGGGCGAGCAAGUCUAAGGCGUCGGACUUCCUUGAAGCCUUGCAAGACGAUGGGCAUACUUCUCUCCGACCCCCGCGCAGAGCGACCUAA